CUCCACGGGCAGUUGAAACAGGCGGGCAGAGAAGUGCUGAUAUGGGACUGGUUGAUGCAGAUCGGAGUGGGUAACUUCCAGCCGGUGGACGCCAGGUAUAGCAGCUUUGGUCGGUGGACGGACAGAGACUAUUAUGUCUCCGAGGACGUGCGCGAACCAGCCACGAAACGGUUUGCGGCAGGCAGCCCCCGGAACUGGCCGGUGGAUGACAAUCCGUGGUUUCAGCGCUUCAGCGAAUGUCUGCAGGAACUCGGCCAGGAGCUCUGGCAGUCCAUCACAUUCGACCUGUUUAAAGGCGUGGCCGCGACCAUCGUGGUGGCGCCUCCUCAUUCUCCUUCUUCGCCCCCAGCCACAAAAGGUCGUCGUCUGUUUAUCCAGCCGCGGGCCUCGGCGAAUAUGGGUUCGGAUUUGAACUCGCUGUGUUUCCUAGAGGCCGAUGGUGACGAUACCGAGGGCAAACGCAUUGCAGCCCUCGACCGGUUGACCGUCGGCCAGGGGUUGCUCAGCGUGCAGCUUCGAGCGGACCGGAUCGUCGAGACAUGGCUGGCGCCUGUACUGAAUGCCUAUAAUGCCCUGUUCAGGGCGUGUUUCGGUGCCCCGAAAAAUAUCCACGACGCAAUCAGUGAGUCGCAGCGCGGUGGCUACUCAUUCAAGCGUUGCCAGGACCUUUUCGACUUCACACGGGCUGCUCCCUUCUAUUUCAAUACGCCUCCACUAGAUGCACUGAUCUGGACAUUCAACAAGAUGGAUGAGUGGCGACAUGAGAGUGUUCGUCGAGAGAUGACCACCUUUACAAAGCUCUCUAUCCGUCCCGGGACUGCCCAAAUGCAUGUUGAAGUCCGGUAUUAUGAUCAUUACGCCUGCGACUCUUCCCCCCUCUUGCCUAUCGUCCUUCCUAGCACACUUUUCACGGGGGGCACGAUGGUUUUCACCUUCAAAGACACUGACCAGGGGCUCUGUCUGACCGCAGAGCAUCUCUGGGAGGCUGUGGUAGAGUUUGUGAAACCGUUCAGUCACCACGAGUCCAAUGUUCCCCUGAUACAGCAGCAACUGGAGAAGCUGCAGAAAAUGACCGAGCAGCUCCCUUUUAUCACCUUUCCUCUGAAUAAACAUAUCCCGGGUAUGCAGGGCAAAUUGGUGACCAAGAAUCUUCGAUUUACUGCAGAGGGGUGUCUUGCCUGGGAGCUUGCAUUGCCUGAGAAUUGAUUGAUCACUGAUUAUAGCUAUUACGAUAUGAUCUAGUCACUUUGUUUCUAUGUAGUAAAGAGCAGGUUACUACUUGAGUAUACAGACAGAAGUAACUAUACCACCUGCUACAUAUUGUCAACGAGUGAAACCUGAUGUGACAGCACCUGCAGAA